AUGUCUCGACACGAGACUGGAAGAUUUGAGCUCGAUGAGCCAGAGAUAACUGAUUUCUUUGAUGUCGAUGGGCCACUCUCAUGCGCCAAAUAUCUCGGAUUUCCCACCAUCAACGAUUUCUGCAACUUCCUGGACAGUUCUUCCUUUCGGCCUUUCUAUGAACAGUACGACCAGUGGGACACCCAACAAAACCUGCACCAGGUAUCCGUCGAACCGUUCUUCACAAUCCUAGAUCUGAUCGUGAGUCGGGAUAAGAAGAGCCGGACCCAGUACGACCAUGGCCUUGUCACCGGACAGCCCUCACCCUGGUGGCGUAGAGUUGAAUACAUCUUAUCAACCAUCCUUCAGGUUUUCUACAAGAAUUACAAUGCAUCGCGACUACACUGUAUUGGUCAAGAAUUUCCUGCAGAACCCACUCCUGCACGUUGGAACAACAUCUGGAACAUCUUUCGCUUCUGCGUAAAGUACGACUACUUCUCCGCAAAGUCACAAAUGUGGGUCCGAAGCUGCAGUCUCCUGGAACAUACCAUUGUGGCGCCAUCAUACAUGGCACUAAGCGCGGAGUCUGAAGAUAAGGCGAAGGAUAGAGGCUACCGCAUCACCUGGGAAAAUAUGCCUGUCAACACUCCACACGCACUUCUAGAAAUUCCAAUGACGGUGCUACUCCCCGCCCGGUGCUUCGACUCAUACCGCAUUCUCCAGCACUGGAUCACUGACCAGUAUGGGCUCCUAUGGCGAAAACUCAAGAUUGACCAUAUCGAGUUUCGGGUACUUGAUGGCUCAGAGACCUUCGAAGAGGCAGAGCGUCGUGGAUCACCGUGGAGAACACUCCUACGAUACGUGCAAGAGGGUCGGGCCAUGAGUUUCAGCUUCUACACAACCAGGUCACCAAUGGGGAGCAGUAACGACGAAUAUUUUGGUUACAAAGCUCCCAAUGCCUCUGCUUUCAGGAGAACCUAUGUGAUUGAGGCGAAUGAACUAACUGAUGAAGAGUGGGAGCGUCCCAACAAUUCCGAGCCAUCAACAUUACCGAAGAAACGGGGCCAGCCAAGUGAGGACCUGCAGCCAGUAGAACGACAGCGAGCCGAGCCACCAAAGAAACUCCGCAAGCCCAGUACCAUGGUCAAGAAGCUUCGACGCAUUCGUCAAAAGAGAGAACCCGGUGAGACGCAAGAAGAGGCUCGUGUCGCAAAUGAAGUGGAUCAGAGAUCGGAAUGGGAUGCUUCCUUGAGGAGGGGAAGUCUGAAGGUGAAGAAUUGGGCGACAUUGGCAUCUGCUACACGCAUCCCCUGUGCUACCCCUGAAUUGAUCAGCGAGGACAAGCCAGCUAAAGAACCCGAUCAGCAGGUCACAAAUCCUGCACAGUGA